UAAAAGAGACCGCUUAAACCUGAUUAAAAUAUUAACACAUCUACAUUGAAAAGAAACACAGACAGUUCUACAAGAUGCGGUCGAUAGGAAUAUGGCUAAUGAUGUUGGUGGUUCUGAUGGUGAUAGUUACUGAAGCAGAUGCAGGAAAAACUAAGACCAAAAUCAAGAUCAAAAUCGUUUACAAGAAGAAAACUAACACGCGUUCAGGGCGCUCUAUCGAAGACACUUUGACACUUCCUUGUGAGGUCAGUGAAUACGACACUGAUAAAGAUGGAGCCGUAAGCAAAAAGGAAUGGGAGGACUACGUAGCGAAGUUUAACCCAGGGCUGCUGAACUCCCCGGAAUACGUGGAUCUUAUCAUUAAGAAACUCGAUGUUAACGGUGAUGGAGUUCUUCAAAUCCAGGAGUUGUUUGUGGAUAAUGAGUACAAGAAGGAUUGCAUAUAAGCAAAUGUAUUUCAGUCAUCCAAGCAAAAGAACACGAAGUAACAUCUUGACAUAUGAGUCGAGGACCAGUAACCAGUAGCCCAGUCCGAUAAUAUGCUUCAACUAAAAUACACGUACGACACGUACCACUUACAGAACAUUUUGCUAUGUGAUGUUGUCAUUAAAAUACCUGAAAAGCAAA